GUUACCUCCCUCCAUCGUAGCAAACACUGCUUCCUUCUUCUGCUUCCUUCUUUGAUCAUUCUACUCUCAUCCAUUCGUCAUCUUGUUCCUUUUUCCUCUUUAUAUCCCUCUCUCUCUCUCUCUCUCAAGAAGCCCACAUAGAUUUGGCUCACUGAAUCGCACACGAAAUCAAACUCUAAAGUCCUCUCUCCCAUAUAUAUAAGUGUAAGCAGACAGAAGCUGUCUGUUCAAGAAAUCUAGAAACAAGUUUCCAAAAUGGUAUUACUCGCUGCUCGCUCCCUACUAUCUUCUUCCUAUGGCUGCACUCGUCCCCUCUCUGCGCGGGCACUCCCUACAGGCACUGUAGGAGCAGCAGCAGCAGCAGCUCGUUCUGUUAGCACUGCUCGACCUCGCUCGUCGGCACUGCUGCGCUUUGGCCUAUCGUCACGCGUAGCAGCUCUGAGCUCCUCGCCCGCGCCUCUACUAUCCUACCCUCCUCCACUACUACUACGAAUACCUGCUUCGACGCGUUUACUAACUACGAAACGUGAAAAGGUCAAAGUUCUAGCUGUUCUGUACGACGGUGGCAAGCACGCCGAGGAUGUGCCCGCCCUACUAGGAACAACCGAAAACGAACUCGGCAUCCGAAAAUGGCUCGAGGACCAAGGUCACACCCUCGUUACCACCUCCGACAAGGAGGGCGAGAACUCCACUUUCGACAAGGAGCUCGUAGACGCUGAUAUCAUUAUUACUACUCCCUUCCACCCCGGCUACCUAACCGCUGAGCGACUAGCCAAGGCCAAGAACCUUAAGCUUGCCAUCACCGCCGGCAUUGGCUCCGACCACGUCGACCUGAACGCGGCUAACAAGACGAAUGGCGGCAUCAUCGUCGCCGAGGUGACCGGUUCCAACGUCGUGUCCGUAGCCGAGCACGUCGUCAUGACCAUCCUGAUCCUGGUCCGCAACUUCGUGCCCGCGCACGAGCAGAUCCAGAACGGUGACUGGGAGGUCGCCGCCGUCGCCAAGGACGAGUACGACCUUGAGGGCAAGGUUGUCGGCACCGUCGCCGUCGGCCGCAUCGGCGAGCGUGUUCUCCGCCGCCUCCGCGCCUUCGACUGCAAGGAGCUCCUCUACUACGACUACCAGCCCCUCAAGCCCGAGGUCGAGAAGGAGAUCGGCUGCCGCCGCGUCGACAGCCUCGAGGAGAUGCUCGCCCAGUGCGACGUCGUCACCAUCAACUGCCCUCUGCACGAGAAGACCCGCGGCCUGUUUAACAAGGAGCUCAUCUCUAAGAUGAAGAAGGGCUCGUGGCUAGUCAACACAGCGCGCGGCGCCAUCGUCGUCAAGGAGGACGUCGCCGAGGCUCUCAAGUCAGGCCACCUCCGCGGCUACGGCGGCGACGUUUGGUUCCCGCAACCCGCGCCCAAGGACCACCCUCUACGCUACGCCAAGAACCCGUUCGGUGGCGGAAACGCCAUGGUUCCCCACAUGUCGGGCACGUCGAUCGACGCGCAGAAGCGGUACGCCGACGGCACCAAGGCCAUCCUCGAGAGCUUCCUCUCCGGCAAGCACGACUACCGCCUCGAGGACCUCAUCGUCAAGGACGGCGACUACGUCACCAAGGCCUACGGCCAACGGAACAAGGCUGCUUAGAUUUGUUUUACCUAUUCAUUCAAAUCCUCUUGCCUUACCAUACCCCUACCAACAAUGGAAGAAAUAAGUAAAAAAGAAAAAAAGAUCAAAUUUUAUCACCUAACCUGGUUACCACUGAAAGGAUAUAUGUCAUUAUAACGAGACGAAACGGAACCGGAUGGACGAUGGACCAAGGGCGGUUGAUCCCGACCCCGGCAUAUAUACAAGAUGUAACUGAUGAGAAAUGUUGUUGUUGUAUUUAUCCCCACACAACGAAACCUCCCUCUCUGCUUUCAGAAGGGUUUGGUUCGUGGCUAGAUUAGCGUAAACUAGCCAUUAUUUUGAAUAUGAUGAAGUUCGAAAUA